AGAUGGUUGAGGAGUUCCAGAAGACCUCUGGUGAAAGAGCCAUCCCUCUUAUUCAUCAACACAUGAUGCGCACCUUUGCCCUCCGGCGUGAAGAGAUCAUCACAACUUCUCCUCCUGUGUCAGAACUUAAGGAAAGAUGGCCAGCACUCUUUUGUGAGACACAGCUCUACUGUGAAUUUCACCGGAUUACCAAUCAGCAUCUGCCACACGUGUUUUAUGCUGCAUUGGAUGAAUAUGCUCCUAAGCUGAUUGGACUUUACAAAAAGAAGAAAACUGGACGGGUUGGUGAAAAGAUGGACCAGCUUAUGUUGGCAUAUGAGAAACAGGACAAAAACGACAUUCAUGCAACAAGAACAGCAGCCCUGGCUGGCCUACCCAUUUACCUCAAAGAGGAUUCUUCAGGCAUUUUCAAAACAUGCAAGGAUGAAAUGGAGUUCCAUGAAGGUGCAGUUGCUCUGGUUGCUGAUAUGGAUGAAGAAGAGGUGCCUGCUGGAGUUCCUUUCUCACCACGCCAAGUGUUCAUUGUGCUUGAGGAUCAGGUUGUAAUGACUCAUCACUCAUGGACUGAUGCACUGGUGUGUUUGUUUGGGCUAAUCUAUGCUCUACAUCUGAGCUAUCCUGUGAAGUGCAUUAGCUUUUUUGAGUUCAUUCAAGUAGUGUUGCUGAAGCUCAACGAUGAGAGAAAGCAACUUAAACCAAAGUUGCAGACACUGAAAAAUGAGCUGGUGUAGAUGGGGUUUGUUGUUCACAGGUUAGUACAUUCAUGCUUGUCCAGGAAUCAGUGGUGAAUAUCUUAAAGUCAAUAGUUCUAUUUGUUCAGGUGAUAAGCUUUCUAAAGUAGGCAAUAUGCAUAAAACUAAAACUAAGGAAAAAGUUCAAAUGAAUACUUGACAUUUCUGUUGUGAUUCUGAUUUUAAGGCAAACAACUGAGAAGCCACAAGUAUCUGAGUAUUUUUUUUCCAUGCAGUCUAUAUUUUUUAGCUAAUUUGAUGCAUUCUUAGCAUUUAGUUAUUGAGAUCCUUGUACAUCUUAGCUAUAUUUGUAUUUACUAUAGAUUCAUGUCAGUACAUUUGAAAGCAAAAAAAUAAUUGAUAAUUAGUCAAAAUUUAUAUUUAGAAUCCUUAUUUUUGAGUUGUGAGAUAAGUGCUUGCCAUUUUGAUUUUGAGGUUUGGGCAAAGCAGUUGAAAAGCCACAUAUCUUUGUGCAAACUGUUUUACAUUUACAUUGUUCAACUGAAAUGAUGCAUUCUUACAUUAUGCAUGGAUAAUUGUUGUUACAGACAUCCUUGUAGUUCAGCUGUACUUCCAUUUGCUGUAGGUGUAUGUCAGUACAUCAGAAUAUUGUGCACAAGUAAAGUAACAAUCGUUAAUCAAAAUUUAUCUUAAAAUUGUGAUGGUUAUGGCUGAUAGUUAAUGACAACUAAACUCAUUUGCUUCUAAAAAAUUUAAAUUAUUCUCACUUUGUACAGUAUUCAAAUUUAUUGAUGUACAC